AUGGGUUUUCACUUCAAGCCUCCUUUUCAAUUCCACAGUUCUUCCAUGUGUGUGGCCUAUAUUUCUCUCUAAACCAUUGUCAAUAUAACACUAGGCGUAGACAACUUUUCCAACUCUUAAACUCUGUCGCAACUCAGAAUCUCUUUCCACUGCUAUGUUGAAUGAUCAAAGGGUUGGCACCAGCCGUGAACAUGAAGAUGAUGAUCACGGUGACGAUGAGAUAGUCCGGGAUAUCCACGCCUUGACACCACCUCAUCCUGCACAGGCUGCUAAUCGUGGAGGCCGUCAAAGAGAGGCUUGGGAAACUGGUAGUCAGAGAUCAUCAUCUCUGUCCGUGGCUAGUAUUGAAGGUGCUUCUAGUGAGAAUUUUACUUCCAUGAGUAGAGAGUUCAGUGCUCUAGUGGUUGCAGGGUCAACAAUUCCGCAUAGUGGUUUUAGUAACAAUGAUAUGAAUGAUAGUGCUGUAAAUAAUCCUGGAAACAACAACUUGGGAUUGGGUAGAAUUGGAGAGGAGGACAAUAUGCUGGAGGAGACCAAUCCCUUGGCUAUAGUAACAGAUAAUUAUCACUCUUCGGAUCCAAUUGCUUCUCCAAGAAGUAUCGGGGCUAACAAUAAUAACAUGGCUAGCUCUUCUUCAUCAAGCAUGAUUGGCACUAAUCAAGGGCAUCAAGGUGAGAUUUCUGUGCAUAUGGUCAAGAAGGAAGAGGUGGAAUCAAAGAUAUCCGCGUGGCAGAACGCAAAGAUUGCCAAGGUUAACAACAGGUUCAAGAGGGAGGAUGCUGUUAUAAAUGGGUGGGAAAGUGAGCAGGUUCAGAAAGCUUCUACAUGGAUGAAGAAAAUUGAGAGGAAGUUGGAAGAGAAAAGAGCAAGGGCCUUCGAGAAGAUGCAAAAUGAUAUAGCCAAAGCUCACAGAAAAGCAGAGGAGAGGAAGGCAUCCUCUGAGGCUAAGAGAGGAACAAAAGUGGCCAGGGUUCUUGAAAUAGCCAAUUUAAUGAGAGCUGUUGGAAGAGCACCUGCCAAAAAGUCCUUCUUCUAAUCCUGACAUAUUUCAUGUUCAGGGAAAAUAAUUGCCUCAGAAUCAUAUAAGGACCUUUUCCUUUUGAAAAGAAGGCACCCUAUAUGAAAUGGGGCGGUGAAGAGUGGCAUCAAAGGAAACGAUCAAACUAUGUAUUUUGAGUGUUUUGGAUUGAUUGAUCUUUCUGAGUGUUGUAAGUGUCUUCGAAUUUUAGAUGGUAUUGUUAGCUAAAUUAGAGUAGUGAAGAAACCUUUUGGGUCUUGUACAUUUAGUGCCUAAUGAGGUAAUGUCCGUCUUCCCAAAUAUGAAAUGGAAUGGUACUAUUUCCUUAUGUAA